UUUUAUGAUAUCAAAAUUGAAAUUUUAUACAGUACUGAAGUGUUCGGAUUUCUCAACACACUCACAUGAUAAACAAAUUAUAUUGAACUUUGAAUAUUUUGUCAUAGUUGCGGAAGAUGAGAGAAAAGAUAAAAACGCAGUACAAAUAAUUUAAUUUUGGACGUUGUGACACGCUUAUGAAUCGUGCUCUAGAUAAAUUAAAACUAGUGCAAUAAUUGGGUAACGACCGACAUUUCAAACUUCGCAGAUUGUCUAGUUAGCGCAGGAAGUUAGCUGGCAAAAUUAUUCAAAGGAAAUUCGUGUUCACUGUUCAGCUCGGUAAACAUCGUAGCUUUUAGUUCCUUGUUUUCACGUAUGUGAAACUAGGUAAGGAAAUUAAAUUUUUAUCGUAUGUCUGUGAUAAUAGUUCGUAAGUGCAGCUUAAGAUAGCAGCAAACUUCAUAAUCUUGUGAGCAAUUUAUUGGAUUGAUAGCGUUGGUGUUUCAUUUUGUCUGGGGCUGAAACGAAUCAGUUUGUCUUGAACUUUUAUAAACAACCAUGGCGUACUGUGCAAGGGCCGCACGUUUCAAGGGUCUUCAAGGCCUGGUUGAAAUCCAGCAAAGAUGUUUCCACGCGUCGCCGAUGACUUUUGCCGCAGCCAAGGUGGCCAUGAGCAAAUUCGACACCGCUCCCAUGCCCUACGAAAAAUUGCAACAAAAUUUGGCUGUUGUCAAGAAGAGGUUGAACCGGCCGAUGACCCUCUCGGAGAAGGUGCUGUACUCUCACCUGGACGACCCAUCAGGCCAGGACAUAGAGCGGGGCGUGAGCUACCUGCGCCUGCGCCCUGACAGGGUGGCCAUGCAGGAUGCAACCGCCCAGAUGGCCAUGCUGCAGUUCAUCUCAUCCGGCCUGCCCAAGGUCGCCGUGCCAUCCACCAUUCACUGCGACCAUCUCAUCAUUGCACAGGUUGGAGGAGAAAAGGAUUUGCAAACUGCCAAGAGCACAAACAAAGAGGUCUACGAGUUUCUGCAAUCAGCUGGUGCUAAGUACGGCGUUGGAUUCUGGCAUCCUGGAUCUGGUAUCAUCCAUCAGAUCAUCCUGGAGAACUACGCGUUCCCAGGUCUGCUGAUGAUCGGCACAGACUCGCACACACCGAACGGCGGCGGUCUGGGCGGUCUGUGCAUCGGAGUGGGCGGUGCAGAUGCGGUCGAUGUGAUGGCCGACAUCCCCUGGGAGCUCAAGUGCCCCAAGGUCAUCGGCGUGCAUCUCAAGGGCAAGAUGACCGGCUGGACCUCGCCCAAGGACGUCAUUCUCAAGGUCGCCGACAUACUCACCGUCAAGGGUGGUACCGGCGCCAUUAUCGAGUAUCACGGACCGGGAGUCGAUAAUAUCUCGUGUACAGGUAUGGGCACAAUCUGCAACAUGGGUGCGGAGAUUGGUGCGACGACGUCGGUGUUUCCUUUCAACAAGCGCAUGUACGACUACCUGAAGGCGACCGGUCGCACUGACAUUGGUGCCGCCGCUGAGCAGAACAAGAACCUCCUCACCCCAGACGAUGGCGCUCCCUACGACGAGCUGAUCGAAAUCGACCUGUCGACAUUGGAGCCUCACGUGAACGGCCCCUUCACCCCCGACUUGGCCCACCCCAUCUCCAAGCUGGGUGCCAAUGCCAAGAAAGCCGGCUGGCCUCUCGACAUCAGAGUCAGCUUGAUUGGAAGCUGCACUAACUCGAGUUACGAGGACAUGGCUCGUGUGGCGAGCAUUGCCAAGGAGGCGAUGAAGCAUGGACUCAAGUCGAAGACCCCCUUCAAUGUGACUCCCGGCUCAGAACAGGUCCGCGCCACCAUCGAACGAGACGGAAUUGCGGAAACGCUGAGACAGUUUGGCGGCACAGUGCUGGCCAACGCAUGUGGACCGUGCAUCGGACAGUGGGACCGCAAAGAUGUGAAGAAGGGCGAGAAGAACACUAUUGUCAACUCGUACAACCGCAACUUCACGGGUCGUAACGACGCCAACCCCGCCACGCACGCCUUUGUCACGUCACCCGAAAUGGUCACCGCACUCGCUAUCAGUGGCACGCUCGACUUCAACCCGCUCACUGACACGCUCAAGGGACAGGAUGGCAAAGAUUUCAAGCUGAGCGACCCAUUCGGACCCGAACUGCCCGUCAAGGGCUUCGACCCGGGCGUAGACACGUACCAGGCCCCGCCCAAGGAGGGCCAAGCUCUCAAGGUCAACGUUGACCCCAAGUCACAGCGGCUGCAGCUGCUGGAGCCAUUCGACAAAUGGGACGGAAACGACCUCGAAAACAUGACCAUCCUUAUCAAGGUGAAGGGAAAAUGUACAACAGAUCACAUUUCGGCAGCUGGUCCCUGGCUCAAGUACAGAGGUCAUCUUGACAACAUCUCCAACAAUCUGUUCCUGACGGCGACGAACGAGGAGAACGGCGAGAUGAACAAGGUGUUGAACAGGAAGACGGGUGAGUGGGGGGCGGUGCCAGACGUGGCGCGUGCGUACAAGGCGGCCGGCAUCAAGUGGGUGGCCGUCGGUGACGAGAACUACGGAGAGGGCAGCAGUCGCGAGCAUGCCGCUCUCGAACCCAGACAUUUGGGAGGCCGAGCCAUCAUUGUGAAGUCGUUUGCCCGCAUCCACGAGACCAACCUGAAGAAGCAAGGCCUGCUGCCUCUGACCUUCGCCAACCCCAGCGACUACGACAAAAUCAAGCCAACUGACAAGAUAUCCAUUGUUGGACUGAAAGCAUUCGCACCCGGCAAGCCACUGGACUGUGUGAUCACGCAUGAGAACGGAUCGCAGGAAACAAUCAAACUGAACCACUCGUUCAACGAGCAGCAAAUCGAGUGGUUCAAGGCUGGCAGCGCUCUCAACCGGAUGAAGAUGCUCGCCGCCAAAAAGUGAACCCAUUCAACUUUUAGCCAAUUCAAGCUCUAGAAAUUCCCGUCUCAAGUGUCUUCGAGUGUUUCAAAUUAUUCAGUCUCGUUCAAAAUUACAAUUUUAUUCUGUUCCAAUACUCGUUUUUAAAUCGUAGGUGCGUUUCAAAUGUUAUAUGAAAUUGUCUUCGUAUAUACGCCUUGAAUUGUCGUUUUUGUUUCGUUAUUCUUAAAUCAUAGUUACUUUAUCAACCGUUAAUACUCAAUCCACUACCAAUGGACAAUUUAAUUGUCUGAAUAUUUCGCUUUUAAUUUUGUUUCAAUACUCAAUGUAUUCAAGUUUUAGUUACUUUUUCAUUAUAUUCUAAGAAUGUACUAUCAAUGGAGAUGAUCGUUUUAUAAUACUCAUUGAUUUUUUCAAAUCAUACUCAUGCUUAUUAUUUAUAAUAAAUACUCAUUUUUCGAUUUGAUUUUAUCAAAACUAAAUUUUAGCUUAAUUUUAAAAUUAUUUAACACUAGCAUGUUUUGUAUUAUAGUAGAGAAUUUUGGUAUAAAUGAUUCUCUUCUGAACAUAUAAAAUGUAAAAUCAUUGUCUUGUAAACCGUAUGUAACUUGUAUUAGUACUGAAAUUUGUUGUUGUAAUUACAUUGUCAUGAUCACUUAUUUAUUAAAUUCAGUGUAGAUUUGUGAUAGAAUGACAUAGAAUAAACGUUCUAUUAUUUUUCUAAAA